AUGGGCUCUGUUGUUGAUUCUGCCGACGUUUUUGACUAUAUUGUGUGCGGAGGAGGAACUUCAGGAUGCGUGGUCGCUGGUCGUCUCGCAGAGGAUCCCACCCUCAAAGUCCUCGUCAUCGAGGCUGGCCAGCAUAACCGUGACUUGGAGAACACACACAUGACCGGAGGAUGGUCGCAAAACUUCGACUCGGAAACCGACUGGAACGUCGUCACCAAGCCCAUGGCCGGGGUUGACAACCGCCAGGUCAAGCUGAGUCGGGGUCGAUUCCUUGGAGGAUGCAGUGGCUGCAACGGAACCCUCUGUCUGCGUGGCUCCAAGCAGGACUACGAUGACUGGGGGUUGGAGGGAUGGAGUGGCGAUGAGUUUUUCGCCGCCAUGCGAAAGGCCGAAACCUUCCACACCAAGCCGUGGUUCAAAGCCGACGCAAAGAGCCACGGAUACUCAGGUCCCCUGCACAUCGAACCGCACGAUCUCGCCCCCAUCUCCCAGCUGCUGAUGGACUCGUUCGUCUCGUCCGGCCUGCCUCUGAACCACGACAUGUUCAGCACUGGCGAUGUGCCUCAUGGAUGCGGCCAUGCUCCUCGCACCGUCAACAAGGGCAUCCGGACCACCAGCGCCGACUUUAUCACCAACGAAUACCACCGCAACAACAUCACCAUCCAGACAGAUACCACCGUCGAUCGGAUCCUGCUGGAGCCUGGCGCGGACGGCCCUCGUGCUUCUGGUGUGGUGACAAAGUUGGCGGACGGUACAUCGCGGACCUUCUACGCCCGCAAGGAGAUCGUCAUCUCCAGCGGUGCAUACUGCAGUCCGGCCAUCCUGCUUCGAUCUGGAAUCGGAGCCAAGGAGGAGCUGGAGAAACUCGACAUUGAGUGUCAGGUUGACCUGCCCGGUGUGGGAAAGAACCUCAUGGACCAUCUGAUUGUCUUCAUGUUCUACGAGACCGAAAAAGAAGGCCUCACCGACGACUGGCACGUCUACCACGACGACAACUUCGGCAAGACAUACAUGCAGUGGAAGGAACACAAGACGGGCUUCCUCUCGACCUUCCCCUUUGGCGGCUUCGCCUUUGCCCGCAUGGACGAGCGCCUCCAAGACGAGCCUCUCUGGCGCGACGCCCCCCGCGAACCAGGCCGCGACCCCAUGGGAUUGACUCCCAAGCAGCCCAAUGUCGAGUUCUUCACGACGGAAUGCUAUGGCGGGCCCAAGCAGUACGACCAGUUCCCGAUCGACCACAAGCACGCCUUUUCCAUGAUUGCCGAGCUGUUUGCCCCCAAGUCGCGCGGCACGGUCACCAUCAAUACCAAGGAUGCCAUGGAGACGCCCGUGGUGGAUUGCAACUACCUGGCGGAUCCGAUGGACAUGCUGGUGCUGAGUGAAGCGUGUCGCUUUGGAAAUGAGAUUGUCAUGAAUGGUGCCGGCACCAAGGACAUUGUCAAGGGGUCGUGGCCGUCGGAUCUCACGCACCACAAGUAUACGACUCGCGAGGAGUGGAUCCCGUAUGUCAAGGAGCAUGCGACGACUUGCUACCACGCUUCAGGAACGUGUGCGAUGGGCAAGGACGACAACCCGAUGGCUGUUCUGGAUAACAAACUGCGCGUCAAGGGCGUGGCUGGCCUGCGGGUUGCUGAUUGCAGUGUGAUGCCAACAUUGCAUGGAGGACACACGCAGAUGCCCGCGUAUGGUAUUGGAGAGCGAUGCGCAGACAUUAUCAAGGAGACUUGGUAG